GUCUUUCAUUUCGAGAGGAAUUUAACGUCGUGUAUUCAGUAUUCCAAGCAUUCUUCAUAAGUAAACUGCUUAUAAAUAGAUAAGUAGAAACCACAGAUCAUUAACAACCACCAAAUUCACAGAUGUACUGAAAUAGAAUUUUCAUUCUUCUUUAAUCUUUUCAAAAAUAGCGUUUCAAAUUUGAAAUCGUUGCUCUUCUUAAAUAAACAAUUCACAGUACUUUUCUUAUGAUCGAAAGCGUGGAGACUUUCGCCGAAGAAUUUCUUCUACGAUAUUACAUAAACGACGAUGAUUGUUAAGUUCAACUAAGCAAUUUAUCUCGCGUUGAGUUUUUGUUAUAUCCUAGUCUAAAAAGAAGAAGAAAAGAAACAGAUAACAUUUUUUCAAACAGAGCACAGAGUGAGAAGGGCGUCAUGAAAAGAAUGUUUCAGACAAAAAGAUAUUUUUGUCAGAGGCCAUGGGUGUCACGCCGAUAAUAUCACAGAGUGCCACUAGAAUCGUUUUUGUUACAAUACGUAUAUAUGCUUGGUAUAGUAGCCGCAUUUGAAGUCUCGAGCUGAACAUCAGUACAUUUCAAGAUGCUCUACGUGAUCAUCUCUCUUCUCCUUAUACCCCUUUUUAUGUUUGGCGUUUAUGAUUGCAUCAAACCGCACAACUUUCCUCCUGGUCCAAAAUGGCUACCAGUGAUCGGUUGCUUCUUCACGUUUCGACGAUUGAAACUGAAACACAAAUACGCUUACUUGGCUCUUCAAGACCUGACGGAAACCUACGGGUCGAUUCUGGGCCUGAAAUUAGGAAAUCAGCAAACCGUUGUGAUUUCGACGUACGAUUUGGUAAAAAAAGUUCUUCUUCAGGAAGAAUUCAAUGGAAGGCCGGAUGGAUUCUUCUUCAGAGUCCGUGCGUUUGGAAAAAGGAAAGGAAUUUUAUUUACGGAAGGACCAAUGUGGUCUCAGUGUCGUCGUUUCACGAUGCGCCACCUCAGAACCUUUGGUCUAGGUCAAGCAAUUAUGGAGCAACAACUGACUGUCGAAGCUGAUAAUCUUGUGAAUUAUCUUCUUCGUGCCAGUGUCAAAGGUCCAGUACAAAUGCAUACAGCUUUCGAUAUUGCAGUUUUGAAUUCUCUUUGGUUUAUGUUCGCUGGACACAGGUUUGACUAUGCAAACGAGGAAUUAGUAGAAAUUCUCGAGACCGUUCAUGAUGCCUUCAGAUUGAUGGACACAAUGGGUGGCAUUGUUUCGCAAAUGCCAUUUCUACGCUUCAUUAUACCAGAAUUAUCUGGUUACAAUGAUUUAAUGAGAAUACUUCAGAAGCUUUGGAAUUUCUUAGACGAGGAGAUCAACAACCACGAAAAACGACUGUCUGAUAAAAAACCGCAGGAUUUAAUUGAUGCUUUUCUUUUAGAGAUUUCUCCAAAAAAUACUGAACGAGGUGAUUCCAUUUUUGAUCGUGAAAAUUUAUUGGUCCUAUGCCUGGACCUCUUUUUAGCCGGUUCGAAGACUACGACAGAUACCUUAGCGAGCAUUUUCCUAUUUUUAUCUUUACACUCUGAAUGGAUUAAAAUACUCCAGGAAGAACUAGAUAUCGUCGUAGGCAGAUUGAGACCCCCUACUUUAGAAGAUUAUUCAUCGCUACCUAUGAUGGAAUCGUUUCUUGCGGAAGUACAGAGAUAUUUGAUCUUGACGCCACUUGGAGUACCUCACAAGACCAUGAAGGACGUAACUGUUAACGGAUAUAAUAUACCCAAAAAUACUAUAAUUCUCCUGGAUUUCCAUAGUGUACUAAAUGAUCCAGCUCAUUGGGAUCAUCCAGAAGAGUUUCGACCACAGCGAUUUCUCGACGCAAAUGGCCGAUUCUGUCAAAAUAAUGCUAACAUACCAUUCGGUUUAGGUAAAAGACGUUGUCCAGGUGAAAUGCUAGCCCGGACAUCCUUAUUUUUAUUCUUCGCCUACGUUAUACAUUACUUCGACAUUGAAAUUUCACCAGAGCACGGCGAACCCGAUCUAAAUGGAUACGAUGGUUUCACUAUAUCACCGAAACCUUAUUACCUCAAGCUUACGGCGAGAUCCGACAUUAUAAACUUCACUACAAUGUAAAUAUUGUAGAUAAUUAGACUAAAAUGUUAAGUGUAAUAUG